AUGGAGGAGGACGCCGCGGCGGUCACGCCCCCCUCCGCCCCCACCCCUGCUCUGCCUGAGGAGUCGGAGCCUGGACCAUUCGCGGCCGAGGCCUCCCUGCCACCUCAGGAAGAGGUGCAUGCCCUGGCCAUACCUGGCGCCGAUCUGGCGGCCUCCCCCACGCCCGAGGCCACCCCGGCGGAGGAUGGGGAGGCCGGCGCGACCCGCGGCCAGCGACGCAAGCGCGAGUCCAUUCCCCCGCCCGAGGACACACCGCCCUCGCUGGACGGCGCGCGCCCGCUGACCAGCGACGGCUACGAGGACGAGGAGGAGGAGGGCGAGAAGGUGGUGGCUUCCCGAGGCCGACGCCGCAACUCCGCUGCGGCGCGCGGCGAGGGUGCCGCCCCCACACCCCCAUCCGGUGGCUGGUCCGCGGCGGCGGCUGCGCCGCCAAAGUCUGAGCUGACCCUGCUCUGCGAGCGCUUCCAGCGCAAGUAUGGGCGCCUGGGCCCCGGCGGCGAACCGCGCGUGCUGCUGCUCAACGACGUGGCCGCCAGCCUGGACGUGCCGCGCCGCCGUCUGUACGAUGUGAUCAAUGUGUUUGAGUCCAUCGAGGUGAUGCGUCGCGUCGGCAAGCUGACCUACGAGUUCGCGGGCUUUCAGCACCUCCCCGCCCUGCUGGCCCAGCUCCUGGACGAGGAGAUGAAGGGCCUGCCCACCCAGAUCACGGUGGAGCGCCGCCUGUACGACAUCUCCUCCAUCCUCUGCUCCGUGGGCCUGAUCCAGCGCGUGUACGUGAAGAAGCGCCAGCCCGCCUUCGAGUGGGUCUACGGCUGGCGCCCCGGCGACCUGCACGCGCCCCCCCCCCUGCUCCCCUUCCUGGGCCAGGAGGGCGAGGAGGGCGGCGGCGGCGGCGGCGGCGACCCAGGCCUGCCUGCCCCCGCGCUGGGCGGCGAGGCUCUGGCCGCGCCCGCGCUCACCAUCCCCAUGCCCCCGCUCUCCUUCCCGGGCCUGGCGGGGCUGCUGCCCCCCGGCCUGGCCAUGCCCGGCCGCGCGCCGGGGGAGGAGGCGGGCGCGGGCGGCGGCGACGCCGAGUCGACGGCCGCCAUGCAGGCGCGCAUCAUGCGCAGCCAGUUCCUGCAGCUCCAGCAGCUGUCGGAGAUGGUCAGCGCCGCGCCGCGCGUGCCGGGCAACCCCGUGGACGAGUUCCCGGGCUUCCUGCCCGGCGGCAUGCUGCCCACGGUGCCGCCGCUGAUGGUGCCGCCGCCGCCCGCGGUGGCGGGGCAGGCCCCCAGCAAACAGGGCGAGGAGUGA